AUGGCGCUAGGUGCUGGAAAACCGCACAACUUAGUCUGCUCUGGUUGCCGUAAUCCUGGCAACUUGAUAUUGUGUGAAACUUGCUGCAGGUCUUACCAUACUCACUGCCUGCCAUCGCAAGAUGCCUCCAUAUUGACUGGGCCAUUCUACUGCCCAUCCUGCAGACACAAACGCUGGGAUCAGUCACCACCUCAAUUCGACAGGUCCGCAGCUUCCUCGAACGCCUCGCGGAGCAGUACCCCCGGUGCAAAUUGCUAUAGCCGAGUCACCAGUCCCCGUGAAUAUGCUCCUAUAGAUGGGCGCCGGCCUUUGGCAAGUCUAGGCCCAUUGGCAGGGCCCACCCAGGUCCAGUCUAUACGAUCUUCGGCUGAUGUCGACCGCCAACAGUCUUCUGAACAUCACAGGAAUUUUGCGACUCUGGAAACUGACAUCCUGUCCCGCGCUAAAAACCUCCUUGUUGAUUAUGGUCAGCUUGAUGCUGACAAAGACAUAAGGCCCGAGCUCUUGCUGAAAUUGGCGUCUAUGAUGUCAGAGCUCGAAGUCCAGCAAUCACUGCAACAGGAGGUUCAGGAACUGAAGGCAGAAAAUGUUGCUUUGCGAAAUGAAAAUGCAAACUUCCGGGCAUACUUUACCUCCAGGCUGCCAACAAACGAGCCCCUGAUCAACUCUUCAUCAAUUAAUCCUCUUCCGAUCUUGCCAAGGCCGCCGUCCGAUACGGACGGGAAGUCUUGGGAUAGAAUCGUGAUGGAUUUAAUCUAG